UUGAAGAUGUGGCAUGAAUGAAAAUCCUCAAAUCCACUGCGCAGUUUAGCACCUACUCUCCUCUGAAACCCCGAACGUUAAUACCGCCCCUUCUCUCUCUCUCUCUCUGGCAUCCUCAUCAUAUAUAUACACACACAACACGUAAACUAAGCCAACACAAACAUAAACAAAAAUCAUAGCUUGAAAGAAAUAUUAACAAUCCUAUGAAACCCUCUUCCUUUCUUCUUCUUCUUCCUCUCUGAAGUGAAAGAAAUAAGGAAAAAAAAGAAGCAACUUUGAGUCUUGAUUCAAUACAUUUUCUGUCAGUGUUGCUUGAUAGAGCAAUUUGGGCUUGUGGGGGUGUAUGUCAUUUGAAUAGUUUUAGACAUAUAUUGCUCGGUUUUAAUGGCAAUGGGACCAGAAAGAUCGAAACCUUUACAUAAUUUCACCUUACCAUAUGGGCUAAAGUGGGGUAACCAGAGACAUUUAAGGUGUGCUAGAGUUGAAUCCAAUGGACAAAUCUCAGCCAUUCAUCGUGAGUCAAUCGGACGGCGUGGAUCAAAAUUAAGGCCGCCGGAAAAUCAAAAUUCCGGUGAGGGAAUCGGAGCUGUAAGAGAAAAGCUAAUGUUUGAUCUCUUAACAGAAGCUGAUAAGAUGAAAAACACAAUCUUUAAAGAAGCAAAAAAUGAAACAACUUUGACCGGUGACGUUGACUUAUCUAGGCCAUGGAAUUUGAGGACUCGUAAAGCUGCUUGUAAAGAGCCUAACGAACACGUCAUCGUCGCCGGAGAUUCUUCAGUCGCCGGAAAAGUUGCCGGAGAUUCAUCUGCCGGGGAGAAGAGAGAGAGGGUGAAGUUUUCGGUUCCGCUUUCGCGAAGAGAGAUUGAGGAAGAUUUUAUGGCGAUGGUUGGACAUAGACCACCUCGUAGACCAAAGAAAAGAGCUAAAUUGGUUCAAAAAAAUCUGGACACGCUAUUUCCGGGGUUAUGGUUGACGGAAAUUACACCUGACUUAUAUAAAGUUUCUGAAGAUCAGUAGAUUGAAGAAAAUAUCAGAUGACUUUAUUCAUCAUUGUUGAAAAAUAUUGAUAUUGGAAAACCCAAUAGGAUUUUCUGCAGAUGAAAAGUAUUUCUGUGACGAACCAUGGUAACUUUAUUUGUGAUGGAUCAACUAGUGUAAUGGUAUACUGCACCACCACACAACUUGGGAAUUUGAUGAAAUCAUUGAAUUCCCUCUGUAACAAAAAGGGUGUAAAAAAAGCAGAAAUUUUAGCUGCUCUGGCGAUGGAAAUUUUGUUUUAAAGAUUCGAUUUGUUUAUAAUCUUAUCUGUUUCUGUUCA